AUGUCUAUCGAUUUUGACCAUUUUCCAACAAUUAACUCCACCACAAUUUUUCCUCAAGUGUUAUCCCAUGACUACAAGAGCAUUGAAGUGCUCGAGGGCGACGACAAGUUCCCCGGAUCUAUCCGUCUCUUCAAUUAUAACGAAGGGUCUCCGUUGGUUAAGGUGUCGAAGGAGAAAAUCGAAUCGGUGGACGAAGCGGAGAAAAUAUAUGUUUACAGCAUCUUUGAAGGGGAUCUGAUGAAAUACUACAUGAGCUUCAUAGCUAAGAUCGUGGCGGUUCCGAAAGGAGAGUCGAGCUUGAUUAAAUGGUCUUGCCAAUUCGAGAAGGUCAGUGAAGAGAUCCCUGAUCCAAGCAUCAUCAAGGAAUUUGUUGUGAAGAACUUUGUGGAGAUCGAUGACUAUCUUCAAACCAAGGCAUAAAGGGUAGGCCACACUCCUGUUUUAAUAAGCCGAUCGUGUAUGUUUUAUUAGUGAAUAAUAUGCAGGGUUUCC